UUGUACUCACCUGUCCCCGCCGCUCCGGACCGUCACCGCUGCCCGGGAUGUCGCCGUCCAUCGCUGUCGCCGCGUCCCCGGGGUGUCCCCGACGCUCCAGCAAGGCCUCUGCCUCCUCGCCAUCCGCGCUCUCCGUCGCCGCCAUCACGCCACUACUCACGCCGCUCCUAUUGGAUGACGGGAUGGCGUGCGCAGCGACCUGAUGACGACGAUGGAGAGCACCGACGAUGCAGAGGAUCCCGAAGAGGACGCGCCAGAGCCCCGAGGACAGGAGCCGCAACAGCUGUAGGGGUCGCGGAGGCAUACUGACACAGUCCCACAUGGGAGGAUGUAAAGUCAGGAGGAUGGGCCCUGCUGAAGGUUCCAGAACAAUUGAGAGACCAAGCUCUCCAAGAGACGAGAUCAAGUGGAGAGAUUACCGGAAUGCAAAAAUGUUUGGUUCAGGUUUCAAAGCUGAUCAUCUUCAUAGUAACCUGAAGUUUGCUGUUACUAGACUAAAGAUUCUGGAAAAGAAGAAAACUGAGUUGGUCCAGAAGAAGAGGAAAGAGAUAGCAGAUUAUUUAGUAGGUGGGAAACAUGAGAAUGCACGAAUCCAGGUGGAGUCCAUUAUUCGAGAAGAUUACAUGGUGGAAGUCCUGGAGAUGCUGCAUUUAUACUGUCAACUUAUUCUAGAAAGACUGGAUUUAAUAAAAACAAUGAAGGAAUUAAGCCCUGAUCUAGAAGAAGCUGUGUCCAGUGUGGUUUGGUCUACCCCACUAGUAGAGGCGGACGUUCCAGAACUAAAACCAGUCUCUAUGCAGUUGUGCAACAAGUAUGGCAAAAAGUAUGGCAAACUAUGUCAGAAGGGUAAAGCUGAAUCCAUUAAUCCAAAACUGAAGCAGAGGCUUAGUACCGUAGCUCCUUCUAAAUGUCUGGUGGAGAAGUAUCUUAUCGAGAUCAGCAACCACUAUAACAUUCCCUAUGAAAUGGAUCUUGCAGUUUCAAGUGAAGUUCAGCUGCCUGACCUUAGUAACUUGGAGAUUACAGAUGAAAACAUGUGGAAGGUCCCUUCACCUCAUUUCAACCUUGGGGUCUAUGAGCCAGAAAAAUGCAAAACUAUUCUGUCACCAUUUAAGGUUGGAGAAGAGCCAUCAUAUCACCCUUUCGCUCCGAUGAGCUCAGUCUUAUCACCUCAUCACGACCUUGAGGUAUAUAAUUCUAAAGAAUCCAAUAUUUUUUUGCCACCAUUUAAGGCUGGAGUAGAACCAUCAUAUCACUCAGUCACUCAAAAUAAGCCAGGACAUUACUACACUACUGGAUACUUUCAGACCGAACUUUCAGAAAAAAAUCUUCCACCACCUCUUCCCGCCAGUCCUCCAUCAUGUGGUCUGGGUCUUCGGGAUUCUUCCUCUUAA